UAAUGUUGUGUAUUGAUGUUUGUAAACAAUAUGAUUUUAUUGAAUAUGGUCACGAAACUAUACUCUUUCAAGAACAAUUUAUUUUAACUUUUUUUUAAUGGAAAAAGAACAUUUUGUAAAAAUUGCCUACUGUUAUUAAUAGUUCUCAAAAGCCAGUAUGUUAUCCGAUUUCGCCAAAGAAAAGGUGUUUUGGACACGUAAAAUGAAUUUGAGAUUAGUAAAGUUUAUUGAAAGCCGGCCUAAUAUAUGGAAUCCCAAACACCCGAAAUAUACUUCCGUAGCAUACAGAGAUCGUACAUAUGCUGAAUUUGCAGCAAAAUACGGUAACGAGUUCACAGGGCAAGCUGUGAAGGAGAGAUGGACAAAUAUUAGAUCCACUUUUUCUAAUUACUUAAGAAAAACCAAGGCCAGCCAAGCUAAAGACACUGAGGAAUAUCAAGUGAAUUGGCAUUUAUGGAAUGCCUGUCAAUUUCUACUGAGAGUUAAUAAAAGUGUCAAACAAGAAAAUGAUGAGACACAUCAGGAAAAUAUUGAGGAACAAAAUACAAUUCCCGAUGACAGUGAAGAAGACAAUUCGGACGCCUAUACAACAAACCGUCCAAAUUUAUGUAGUUCCCUUGCUGAAAGUUUAGUCUCGGUUUUUAAAGGUAUCCAGAAUGAUGCUUUUGGCUUAGACAACACAAAGAAUGGGAGAAUCGGUAGAUUAGUUACCAAGAAACUGAACCAGAUGUCAUCAUUGGAUGCUGCGCAGAUAUCAAUGAGAAUAAUGGAAGUUCUAUGGCGUUAUGAUACAAACAAUCCUUUGAAUCCUAAUAAUUUUAAGUCGGAAUCUAUUUAAAUUAAUAUCUGGUGUUUGUACAUAAAAUAAUUCUGUUAUUUUAUUAUGUGUACAAUAGUGAAUAUAUUGUAAUAAGAUUAAAAUGUAUAUAUAUUUACUAACCAUGGUAAUUUAGCAUAAUGUGACAAAAUUUAAUUGCCAUUCUUCAAAUCUGUACUAUUAAUAUUGAUAUUCUAAUUAAAAUAAAAUAAAUAUUUAUUUAUUGAA